UGUGCUGGAUGAAGCCAUUUAUUUUGAAUUAGUUUAAGCAAGUCAAAUACUGCUGCAUCACUUUAUAAACAAGAAGACUAUUGCUGUUUCAGAUCACACAAAGAGAGGAGAAAAGAAAAUAUCAAACCAGAGAGAGAGAGAGAGAGAGAGAGCUAUUAUGGAUAUUUCCUUGCACAAAUCUGUUCUUGAAGAAGCGGUCAAGGAGGAGGGCAAACCUUCUGAAUCUAACGGUGACGAAGAAAGUUGCGUCGACGACAUCGUUCUUCAUCAGUUUGGUGCUGGAAAAAGAGCCCAAGAUAAUGAUGGGAUGAAGUCACCAUCUCCUAAUAAGAAGAAUUCGAAUUGCAGCAACCAGGGGUUGGCCAUAACAAACAUGGAAAGUCGACCAUCACCUGAGUCUGAAUCCAGAUCAUCUUCAUCUGCCAAAAAGGAUCAGUUGGAUGAUCAACUUGGAUCAACCAAAGCAGAAAUGGAUGAAGUAAUGGAAGAAAAUCAACGGCUUAAGAUGUAUUUAGAUGGAAUUCUCAAGGAUUAUAGAACCCUACAAAUGCAAUACAGAGAUGUGAUGCAGCAAGAGGCAACAACAAAAUUGUCUCCUCAUCAUCAUGAUCUCAUGGAAGCAGCAGCUGAUGAUGGACUUAUUGAUCUCAGCUUAGCAAUGAGCUCCAUCGACAAAAAACGUAAAACCCCAAAGAUGAAUGAUGAUAUUGAAAUACUAGAUGAUAAUAAACAAGGAUUAUCUCUAGGACUUGAUUGCAAAUUCGACUUGCCUGAAAAGUCUCCGAUCAAACCUUCCCCGACUCUGACCCCCGAAAAUAGCAUAGAAGAAGUGAAGGAAGAAGCCGGAGAGACGUGGCCGCCUAAAGGCGUCAAGAAUGCGAGAGAUGCUGGAGGAGAAGAUGAGAUUUCACAACAAAACCCUACUAAACGAGCUAGGGUUUCUGUGAGAGUUAGAUGUGACACACCAACGAUGAAUGAUGGCUGUCAAUGGAGGAAGUACGGGCAAAAGAUUUCCAAGGGGAAUCCAUGCCCCCGUGCAUACUAUCGUUGCACGGUGGCACCAUCCUGCCCUGUUAGGAAACAGGUACAAAGAUGUGCGGAGGAUAUGACGAUCUUGAUCACGACAUACGAAGGCACGCACAACCAUCCGCUUCCAAUGUCGGCCACCGCCAUGGCUUCCACCACUUCCGCCGCAGCCUCAAUGCUCAUGUCUGGUUCCUCAACCUCGGGAACCGGGCCGAGCACCCCCUCCACCACCACCACUGCCUCGAACCUCCACGGCCUAAACUUCUACCUCUCCGACAAUUCAAGAACGACAAAACCGACCUUCUACCUCCCAAAUCCCUCAAUCUCAUCCUCCCCUUCAUACCCAACCAUCACUCUCGACCUCACCUCGUCCUCAUCCUCGUCCUCGUCCCAUCUAAACCGCCUCGGCAGUGGCGGCGGCUUCGCUCCAAGAUACUCGACCACAAACCUAAACUUCAGCUCUCUAGAAUCCAACCCUCUCCCAAAUUCUUACAACAACGCUAUGCUUACUUAUGGCCAACAAUCCUUCAACAGAAACCAAAAUGCAGCUAAUUCUCUAAGCUUCGGAUCACAACCCUACGAAACCCUAUACCAAUCCUACUUGCAGAAAAGCAUAUCAAACCCUAACCCUAAUCAACAGCAUUUAGGGGCAGACACCAUUGCAGCUGCAACAAAAGCAAUAACAUCGGACCCUAGCUUUCAAACUGUCCUAGCCGCCGCUCUAACCUCCAUCAUCGGCGGCUCAGGUGGAACCGCAGCCGCCAACAACCACAACGCUGCUGAGAAAUCGAGCGGCGGUGAUGCUUUCCCGAUUCUAUCUAGCUUCCCGCCAACUUCAAAUGCGACCAAAUGCGCACCGAGUUUCAUGAACAAGUCUUCGUCCUCGUCGAGCUCUCAACAGCCUGGUUUGUCGACGCUUCUUUCGCCUCCGUUUCCAUUUUCGAGCUCGAAUAAGAGCAAGUCUAACUCACCGGCUGACAACAGGGAUCACGUAUAGUUUUAUUUGAUUUCGUCUUUUUUUUUCUUCAGUUUUUAGAUGAUAUAUUUCUGUUCAUUUUGGCUGGCGGGGUUUCCUCAUAAUGCAAAUUGUGCAUGGAUUAUUAGUGUUUUUUUUUCUUCUCCAUUUUUUUUUUAAUUGAAUGAUGUAAGAUGAAGAAAAUUGUGGAUAUAGAUGGUGACUGCUAGCUGGUGAAAGAUACAGUUUAAAACUAUUACCAGCUUCAUCUUUUCUUCUGACUUUUUUCUUUUUAAUAAAAAAAGGUCUUGUGCGUA